AGAGUGUGUUUAGAAAACUUAUUUUAAAAUUUAUAUUAAAUCUAAAUUGCUAUAAACUUUUUGGAUCAAAAGAAAAUUUACAAAUAAAUAAAAUGUCUGAAAAACCAAAAUUUACAAUUGAAGUGGUUAAAGAAGAGGAUGCUGAUGAAUUUUAUGAAAAUAUUAAAGAAUAUUUUUUAAAGGAUGAACCAACUUGUAAAUAUUUAGGUAUUACACAUUUGGAUGAAGUAAAAAAAUAUUUUGAAAAAAGUUUACCACAAAAGUGUUCUUUUAAAGCUGUCGAUGAAAACGGAAAAAUAAUUGGUGUUGUAGCAAAUGAAGUUCAAAAAAGACCGUCUGAAAAUGAUCCAAUAAAAACAGCAACUGAAAUGGCAAUUGAUGAAAGAUGGAAAAAAAUUUGUAUGCUUUUUGAUCGUAUUUCUGAAAAUUACAAUAUCUUUAAGGAAUAUCCUGAAGCAAAAUUUUAUUUAGCUGGUAAAGCGGUUGCAGUAAAUCCAAAAUAUCGUGGUUUAGGAAUUGCUGGUGAAUUAAUUAAAAAAACAAUAGAAUUUAUGAAAGAAAAUAAUAUUGAACCAAUGUUAAGAAUAUGUUCUAGUGCAUAUUCAGCGAGAGUAAUGGAAAAACUUAAUAUGACUGAAGUUUAUAAAAUUAAUUAUAAAGAUUUUAUUGUAAAUGGUGAACAAUUGUUAAAACCUGAAAGUCCUCAUGUAUGUUGUAGAGUAUUCGUUUUGGAAGUUAAAAAUUAAAGUUGUUUUUAUUUGUUUUUCUAUUUGUUUUUAAUUAUUUUAUAUAAUGUCAAUAAAUUCAAAUAUGCAUCGA